UUAUCAUUUAUCUGGGGGUAAUUGCAGGAAUUGUUGUAAAUAAUGAACGACAUUUUUUGAGGAUUGAAAUUAAUUUUAUCUGUCCACUCUAGUGGACACAGCUCCAGAGAGAGGGAAAUUAAGCACUGGCUGUGGAUUAUGUUCACAUCGCGAACCAAAGGACGGUGAAAGUUGGUAGACAUUCGAUUAGUUUGAAUUUUCCGACGACCCCGAAAAUCCGUUACAAAAAUCAAAGUGAAGCCCUUCCUCGGGGAAUAAUCGUCAAUGACCUUCCAACGUACAAAAACCGAUUCAACACUGCUAUUCAACCCGAACGAAUUCCGUUAAAAGAGACACGAACAUUUAUAAUGGAGACAAUGAAAUAAUCUCAGCGAUUCCUUCACGCCAGGUCUGAAUGUGAUACAAUACAACAAUGAGAAAUUAUCAUCGAACUCGGAAUGUCGCUGUUGGCAUUGCAAUUAAUUACUUUGGAUAUUAGAGAUCGUGGAUUAAUUUUUCCAAUGCAUUUCAUAUUUUUUAUUUUAUGAAUUAAUUUUUUAGGUUUUUCUUUGGACAGUCUUGCAAUUAAAAAAUACUAGUAAUUUGAAUGAUGAAAAAGUUGAUGGACAAAAUACUAUACGAGGUCUAUAUUAAUUAAUUAAUACUAUACAAGGUAUAAAUUAAUUAAUUAAUAUUAUACAAGGUAUAAAGUAAUUAAGCAGGAAAAGGUAGAGUAAAUUUUAUGUAAAGGAAAUUUUUAAAAAGUAAAAAUAGGGAAAAUCAUCGAAAGGCGCCUGAAUAUUUCAUUAAAAAUCGUUGAAGUGAGACAUCAACAGGUGGUGAAUAUAACGAAUGUAAAAGGAAGGUCGUGUCUUUGGAUGGUCACAAUCCACCUUGUACAUCCGUACAUGUUGAUUAGUAAUUCCCGGCGGCGUGCCGUACACAGUCCGUACGGCGGACUACUUCCUUCGAGGCUCGCAUACUGACACCAAAUCCUAUAUACCGAACCGUUGUCGAUGAAGCUGAGAGCAGAGCCUCAAAACCCCGAGAGCCAUUGGCAUGUCGUAGCUCGUGACUGACGCCUCUACAUCAUGGCUGAAGAAUGUUCAUCAAAAGUUGCGAGUAUUUGAUGAAACUUGGUCUUAAUGAAUUUUCUAUGAUUAAUUCAUCUCUAGCUUUGUCUAGUUUCCUUUUUUAUUUAAUUGUAGUCAGAAACUUUGGUCAUCUUCUCUGACACCUCGAAAAAAUGGAGAAUGUUCCAGGAGUGUUCAUAAAUUAUGUUUAUCGAGAAUCGACGGCCGUCCUUGAACAGAUCGACGAUUGAUUUUCCGGGCCCAGAGCCGAGUGAAGAACACCCACCAGUGGGCCCCGAAGUAGGUCAAUUACAGACCGAUGAAUUGACUGGAUGAUGGUAUGGGCAGGAUUCCAGAGGAAGAUCUGAAGUUUCAAGGUCCUGCCGAAUUUGUCUUUGCCUCUAAAUUUAAAAUUAGUCAAUUCUCAAACCCGAAUUUACAGUUAGAGUCAUGAGGCAGUCUCUGCAGACUCAUUAUACAUGACUCAUAAUUAUUGUCACUGAUAACGAUCUUUUAAGUUAACAUGCUAACGCUAUCGAAAUGUUUCCUGACAGUUUUGUUAGUGUUGCAAAAAAAUAGAAAUAUUAAAUUUCUCCGGUUACACUUGACACAUUUGUUUGCGGGGCAAUUUGAGGAAAAUUACCGUUAAUUUCCGGCAAUUUUUAAAGACGUUAAUUUGUCUAAAUCGAAUUUAAUGCCUCCUGAUAAUUACUGGCAACAGAAUCCCAUAAAAUUAAUUUUUAUUUCAGCAUUGUGUCAAAAUUUAUCAACCAUCAACUCAUCUGUGCCUAUCUAUUUUCAUUAUUUUACAUCUGAAGUUGAUGAAAAAUAAUGACAAUUAUAUAAGUAAAUGAGCGCUCAUCCAAAGAGAUUCUCAUUUUUCAAUCCCUCAUGAUCGUUCCUCCAUGACAUCCACAUUUCGUCACUUAAAACUUUCAUCUUCCUUCCACAUACCUCAAGAGUCCCUUAAAUUAAAAAUCCCCUCGUUUUUCAACCGCAAACAAAAUCCCGAUUCCCUCAGCCAUUCAUUAAUUUCAAAAAUAUCACUAAAUCACAUUUAGAAUAUCUCCAUUCUACUCUCCUCCUCUGCCUUCGCAAUCUCACAUCCGAAAUUAAUUAAAAACCAUAACGAUUGUACCUCCAAAAAUCCCCAAAAAAAUCGUGCUCAUCCACCUGUAAUCCAUAAUCCACAAUUCCUCCCCCUCCCCUCAUUUCGUCCCCUAAAUCCCCUCGUACUCCAUCCGCCCAAAUCAUCAAUCAAUUUCCUCCCCCCAUCAGAAACCGACAAAAAGUAAAAAUCAAUGAAUCCAUCAACGUGCACCAGCUGAAAGGUAAAACGUACAUGAAGAGAAAGAGUUGAGCCUGAGGGGGUAGAGGAGGUUUAUGAAAAUUAACGAAUUACAAACUAGUCAGUGGAGGCAAUAGCGUGAACGGCCAGUGGAUUGUGGGGGCUGGAGGAUGGACUGGAGGAUGGGUGGAAUGGAGUUGGAUGGUUGGGGCUAGGGUCGGGAGAAUAUAAGAGCAAGUCGGUCCGGCGUUUCGCCGUUUCACACUCUCACCUCGCGCCAGGAAGGUAUCAAUCCUUCUCGUGGAGUCUGACAAUCCGUUGCCUCCUGAUCUGUGCUUAUUAAUAUUCCCUGACUUUUUGUUAAUCACCUGAUAACACGAGGAGAGAGCCAUGAAGGCAGUGGCGGUGAUAUUGUUCCUGGCGAUGGGAUAUCUGGUGAUUAUUGCUGAAGGAUCACCAGUGCCUGAAAAAAAAUCGGAGGUUGAUGAUGAUCAGGGUGUGGGGAGACAAGCUGGUGGUGCUGCUGCUGCUGCACCUGCUGCUGAUGACGACGACGACGAUGAUGAUGAUGAUGACGACGACCUGGGCGACAUAGCAGGCGUUGACUACGAGGACGACGACGAUGAUGAUGACGAGGACGACGAGACUGAAGACGACGAUGAUGACGAUGAUUCCGACUACCUGGAGCGCAUCAUCGAGGACAUAUUCGGGGGCGAGGACGAUGACGACGAUGAUGAUGAAAGGCCCGCGGUCGUCGAACCAGUACAGCCAGCAGUUCCAGUGCAAACUCAAGUCACUGCUCUUCCCGUGAGUGUUCAAUCGGAUUUAAAUGCUGAGGACGCUGUUAAUGCUGGUGAAUCUGUUGGCGAUGUCAAUGACUCAACUGGCUCAUACGAGGAGGAAGACAUUCAACCCGAAGGUCAGGCUGUAUCAACAAUCGAUGGUGGUGAAACAGUUGGUAAUGCCGUUGCCGUCAAUCAGCAAGCCAUAUCAACGCCAUCACAGACCGUUGACAGUGACGAGGAUGACGAUGACGAUGACGAUGACGAUGACGAGGACCUUGGGUUAGACAUAACUGAAGACGAUGACAGUGAGGAGGAUGAUGAUGAGGAGGAUGAUGCUGAUGAAGAGACUGACGAGCUCGAUGAUAUUGUCGACAUUGCUGAUGCACGGCGUGCACGUGCCAUGGAGGGGGAGACGGCGUCCGAUGUGUCUGCCAUUUAUGUCGCUAAGUACAAUAGAUUUGUUGAUAAUAUUCUCGGGAGAAUCAAUAAAAUCCUGAGGACAAACUAUGAUCCGGUCACUGUCAAACUCACCAGGAGCACUGUCAAGGCGAAUAGGGGCAAGUCCAAGAAGAAGAAUACAGUCAAGUCCAGGAUUGGAACCAGAAACUCCGAGGAUGAUAAAUCAACGACCACGUCGAACCUGGAAACCCACUCAACGGAAGUGAGCACGAUCCGUAAUGUUGCAUCUACUGAGAAGUCGGUGAGCAGCCGGGCAACUGUUAAAGACAGUAAACCGAAGAGAACCGUGACAAAGAGCAAGAAAAAAUCAUCCACGAAAGGAUCGUCUAAAAAUAAGGUGAAACAAACAAAGCCAAAAUCAAAAUCGAAAACAAAAGCUACCCUGUACGGCCUUUCCUCCCUCAAACGUUCGGGUGAUGUCUCCGUGAACAUGAUGAGCGACCACACAACGAUAAAAACGAAAUUCAUCCUGGGUCCGUUGGUCCUCCGAGUGGAAAAAGAAUUUGGUAGAGCAGCGAAAAAGGAGCUGCGCAAUGCCACCGCCACAACCGCCGAAAUGUCCGGGAAAUUGAGUCUUCGUGUGCUGCACGGUGGUGCUGCAACACUCCACUCCAUACGGGUGUCCCAGCCUAAGCAGGUCAGAGUGGACAGUCCCGACGAUCACGACCGAACGCGUGAAUUCGUCUGGCGAAGAUCCUCGCACAUUGCCCACUUGGUAUCGCAGAAGCUCUCGUCAGCGACGAGAUCGAUGCUGCGACCACCACCUGCAGCCACUUCUUAGAUCUCCAAUUAGUGCUUAAUUCGCCAUUAACUUAAUCAUUCGUAUUUAUUCAUCGUAUUUAUUUAUGGAAUUAUUCAUUCGUAGAUGGCUGAGGACAGCUGCAUUUUCAUGACUGUAUAUAGAGAUUUUUCAUGAAAUAAAAUAUUUUUACGAGUUAUUUAUCAAAUUUCUAAUGAAUAAA